GGGCCGGCUUCAGGACCGCUUUCUGGUAAAUGAUAUAUAUAUAUAUGUCAAGCAUCAUGUUCUUGAUCUUGCUCUCCAUCCGACAACCAGCGACCAGUCGUCCGAUCCAUUCAAUACACGGACCAUGAUGUUUCCAUCCUUCCAUCUUCUGCUGCUGCCUUUGGCACUUUUCUCUUCAGUCUGCACGGCUGCCCCGGCUACUACGGCUUCUACCAGUGUAUUAAGCCGCGCCGUUUCAGGAUACCGAAACGCUGCAUAUUUUGUGAACUGGGCAAUCUAUGGCAGGAACUUCCAGCCUCAGCAACUUCCAGCAUCUGAAUUGACCCACGUUCUUUACGCAUUUGCCAACCUUAAUUCAGACGGCACAGUGGUCCUCUCGGAUAGCUAUGCCGAUUUGCAGAAGCAUUAUGACACAGAUUCAUGGAAUGACCAGGGAAACAACGUCUAUGGUUGCAUCAAACAACUUUACAUUCUCAAGAAGCACAAUCGACAGAUGAAAGUGCUACUUAGCAUUGGAGGCUGGACCUAUUCUACCAACUUCGCUGCUGUUGCAGGCAGCGCAUCAAGCCGCUCUACCUUCGUUUCUACUGCAGUUGAAUUUGUCAAGGACCUGGGGCUCGACGGUAUCGAUAUCGACUGGGAAUAUCCCGCAAACGACACAGAUGCUUCAAACUUUGUUCUUCUUCUCCAGGAACUCCGCCAAGGAUUGGAUGCAUAUGCAGCACAGUAUGCCCCAUCCAACACAUUCCUCAUCACUGUUGCUUGUCCCGCCGGACCCACGAAUUAUGAAGUCCUCCAUAUGAGUGACAUGGAUGCAUACCUGGAUGCGUGGCAUCUGAUGGCCUACGAUUAUGCCGGAUCCUGGAGCAACUACUCGGGUCAUGACGCAAAUCUGUACCCAAACCCUUCGAACCCUAAUGCCACUCCCUACAACACGGAUCAAGCUGUUGCGGCUUACAUUGCAGGCGGCGUUCCAGCAAACAAGAUUGUGAUGGGUAUCCCUAUCUAUGGUCGAUCAUUUGAGUCCACUGCUGGCCUUGGCGACACUUAUAAUGGAAUCGGCUCCGGGAGCUGGGAGAAUGGAGUAUGGGAUUACAAAGCGCUCCCCAAGGCCGGCGCCACAGAGUACUUUGAUGAAACGGCAGUAGCAUCCUACAGCUACGACCCUUCUUCCCAAGAACUCAUCAGUUAUGACAAUGUUCAGGUAGCCCAGCUCAAAGCGAAGUACAUCGAGAACAAGGGUCUCGGGGGUGCGAUGUACUGGGAGAGUAGUGCCGACAAAAAUGGAUCGCAGAGUCUGAUUGGAACGAUCGCGGGAAGCUUUGGGAACUUGGACCAGAGUGAGAAUUGCUUGAACUACUCUGGGAGUGUUUACGCUAACAUGGCGGCUGGUAUGCCGGGAGAGUAAGUUUGAAAGGAGUCUCACGUGGUCAACCGGGUUUCUUGUAUAUACUUCGGUUUGGAGAGUUGUAUAUACCUUUGUCAUGCAGUUGGCUGAAUUAUCAGAUAUCCCUUUGCUUGGACAAUAGAUUCUGCCG